GCAAACAACACAAAAUCUUUCCAGUUAAAAUCUCUUUUCUCUACCAUUAUCUCUCUUCUUUAAAACUCUCAUUUUCUAUUCAGUUUCCCAUAACGACCUGGUUUUUCAUUUUCCUUUCCUUUCUCAAACUCUGUUUCUCUUCAUUCUCUAAGUCUUUGAAUUUUUAUAUCUUUGAUUUUCUUUUCUUGUUUUGGCCUUAAAAGGGUUGAGAUUCUUGCAUUGUUUCUGCUUCUUUUUGUUCAUUGUAAUUUGGGUUUCUUCCUUUUGGUGGAAAAAUUAUCUCCUUUUAUUUAAAGAAUAAUCAAGUGAGGAAAAAGAGGAAGGGUAGUUAUCUGUAUGGUUUAGACCUCAAGAAUUGGGAAAACAAUGAUAACAGUAAUGGAUUGUAGGAAAGAAGUGGUUAAGACAUCAGAAAAAUGCUUAGAUCCUCAACUAUGGCAUGCUUGUGCUGGUAAUAUGGUGCAAAUGCCAGCGGUGAACUCCAAGGUGUUCUAUUUCCCUCAAGGUCAUGCUGAACAUGCCAAUAGGAAUGUAGAUUUUGGGAGUCUUUUAAUUCCUUCACUCAUCCUAUGUAGAAUUUCGGCCAUUAAGUUUAUGGCAGAUCCUGAAACUGAUGAGGUUUAUGCUAAAAUUAUGCUGGUUCCUUUGAGAGAGAAUGAUUUUGGGUAUGAAGAUGGUUUUGAUGGAAAUAUUGGGAUGGAGAAUCUUGAAAAACCACCUUCUUUUGCCAAGACAUUGACUCAAUCCGAUGCUAAUAAUGGUGGGGGUUUCUCAGUUCCGCGGUAUUGUGCAGAGACUAUAUUUCCUAGGUUGGAUUAUAGUGCUGAACCCCCUGUUCAGACCAUUCAUGCAAAGGAUGUACAUGGUAAUGUUUGGAAAUUUAGGCAUAUAUAUAGGGGAACACCUCGCCGGCAUCUUUUGACGACGGGGUGGAGUAAUUUUGUGAAUCAUAAGAAGCUUGUGGCUGGUGAUUCGAUUGUCUUUCUUCGAGCAGAGAAUGGAGAUCUUUGUGUGGGAAUCCGUAGGGUGAAGAGAGGUAUUGGAAGUGGACAUGAGUAUCCUUCUAGUUGGAAUUUGGGGGAUGGAAGCUCCGGUUAUUCUCCACUCUUGAGGGAGGGGGAGAGUAAAUCGAUGAGGAAUGAUUCGAAUGGGGAUCUGAGGGGAAGAAUAAGGCCCGAGAAUGUGAUUGAAGCUGUGACUCGUGCUGCCAAUGGGCAACCCUUUGAGGUUGUUUACUAUCCACGAGCAAGCACUCCUGAGUUCUGUGUGAAGGCCUCAUCAGUUAGAACUGCAACGCAAAUCCACUGGUAUCCUGGGAUGAGGUUCAAAAUGGCUUUUGAAACCGAGGACUCCUCACGGAUUAGCUGGUUUAUGGGAACAAUAUCUAUCGCUCAGGUUGUUGAUCCCAUCCGUUGGCCUAAUUCUCCAUGGCGCCUUCUUCAGGUGGCAUGGGAUGAGCCAGAUUUACUACACGAUGUGAAGCGUGUUAGCCCAUGGUUGGUUGAAUUGGUGACAAACAUACCAGCCAUCCAUCUUAAUCCUUUCUCGCCCCCGAGGAAAAGGAUGCGGCUUCCGCAACACCCUGAUUUUUCUUUACUUGGCCAAAUUCCAAUGCCAUCUUUUUCUGACAGCACUUUCAGGUCCAGCAGCCCCGCAUGUUGCAUUACAAACAACAUUCCUGGAGGCAUACAGGGAGCCAGGCAUGCACCGUUUGGAUUAUCUUCAUCAGAUCUCCGUUCCAGCAAGCUGCAGUCGGGCCUCUUUCCACAUGGUUUUAAUCAGCUUGAUCAUACUAUCCCACCUAUGGGACACUCCAGUGACUAUGGGAACAAUAGGAAUAUUUCUUCCUCGCCCGCAAUGGGAAAUCUUACCCAAAGUUUAAAAGAAAGCAAUGAAAUAAAGACGCCCCAUAUCUUAUUGUUUGGUCAACUCAUUUUCUGUGAGCAGCAGGUUUCUCAGAGCUGCUCAGAUACAAUUGGAAACAGUUCAUCCAACGGGAAUACAGAGAAGACUAUGAUUUCUUCCGAUGCCUCUGGAUCUGCAUUACAUCAAAAUGCUCGUGAAAAUUCUUCAGAUGAAGGGUCUCCUUGGUACAAAGAGCUCCCAAAAACCAACAUGGGGUUGGAGACUGGUCACUGCCAAGUCUUCACGGAAUCAGAGAAUGUGGGAAGAACCCUAGAUCUUUCAGUUCUCAGAUCAUAUGAAGAGCUGCACGGCAAUCUAGCCAACAUGUUUGGCGUAAAAAGUUCAGAUAUGCUGAGCAAUGUGUUCUACCACGAUGCUGCUGCUUCUGUUAAGCACACAGGAGAUGAGCCCUUCAGUGAGUUUUUGAAGACAGCAAGGAGGCUGACCGUUCUUACAGAUUCAGGCAGUGACAACAUGGGAAGAUAGAGAUUGCAUAUUUUCGCUAAUUGUACAGUUUCAAACCCUUGGUUUUGAUUUUCAUUUCAUUUCAUUUCUUUUUGGGUAGUUGUGGGAAGGUUUCACUUCUCACCCAUUUUUGGGUUACUUGUAAACCACAUUUCUUUUUAUCUUAACUGUAAGCUUAUGACUGAAAUGGCCGCCAUUUUAGUCCUCACGGAGUUUAGGCCUACAACUUGCUCAAUAAUUGUUUCCUAGUUAUGCCUUUGUAUCAGACUAAGAAAUGAAGAGAACUUUUCUUUUAA